GUACCAUGACCCUCAGUACAAAGAGAUGAGUCUCGUCUUGUCUCUUUUAUUCCUUCCAUCCAUCCUUCAAUUCCAUACGAGAAUUAUUCAAACAUUUUAAUCAAAUCCAAACCUUAUGCUAAACCGAACACUUUAAUUUUAAUUAGAAAUAGAGAGUUUAGAUACUAAUGGGACGCUCAUUUUAAAUGGAAAAGUCCCCUCCAUCAGAGCGGUUUUGGUAAAUUUUCCUCGACGGAAAUGUUGAAGACAUAUUCGGAAAACAGGAAAUGGACAUUGCAACGACGAAACUAAAAGAAGAUGUGGUUAUAUUACUUCUUCUCGGAUAAAGGUCUUGUUAUAAUCAUUCACAAACACCUGUCUGUGAUCAAGAUAGGGAACACUAAUGCUACAGACUCGCAGUUAUAAUUCCAAUGAAACUAUGGCGGCAAGAUAACCAAACAAACCAUGGAAUAAGGUUUAAGGUCAGCGGUGGCUAUGGUCUUAUUGCGCAGGCGCAUGAUCCUUUUUAUUUCUACAGUCGUAGGGUGUGUUAUUUUCUACAAAACUCAUAUGAAGGCGUGUUCAAACAACAAAAAACAUCUCUCGCGAGUAGCAACGAAAUCGUCAGUAAGACGGUCUUUCACAGAGAACUGGUGCCGAGUGGAGAACAUGCGCAGAGACUGGAAACAAGUGCUAAGACCCUGUCGAGAGAAUCUAACAUGGCGUGAGAAUGUCCCCUCUAAUAACCCUCUGAGUACGGACCCGGAACUGAGUUAUAUCACUUUGUGGGAUAUCAGACCUGUCAAUCAAUUCAGUCGAAUUGUCAUCCAAUCACAGACCAGGAAUGGCAUAAAAAAGCUGAUCGGUGGAGACGCGUGGCGAGUACACUUGACAGGACCGGCAUCCUUUGCGCCGACAGUGAUAGACAAUGAGGACGGGACGUAUGAUAUUUUGUUUGUUCCUAUGGAGCCUGGGAAAUAUCGUCUCGAAGUGAUGUUGGAUUAUACACUUUGCGAUGGUCUCAGGGACCCUCCGAGCGACUGGUUCAUCAAAGGCAACGCCCAAGGAAAAGACCAAGCGCAAGGCACUCUGGGAAAUGACAGGCCAUACAUUCUCAAGCCGCUGUGGGGUGUACCCGGUAUUGACGUCAUAGUGCAAUCACAAGGGACCCGCCGCCCCAGAGAUGUAACACUACAAACAUUACCCAAGUGCAACUCGUCUUGUGAACUACUGUGGGAUGGUCUUGGUCGCUGGGUUAAUAACUCUUGGACGCCAUACAAACCGGUCCUCCACGUUGCCAAAUGGCCGAGACGCAAGAAAGGCCUGUUCUGGGUGUAUGGCGAUUCAAUGGCCAUGGGCUUCUUCAAUUCAAUCCGUAAGCGUCGACUCUGCAAAGAACUGUUCCAUCGCUGUGGAUACAGCUACAGUUGGGUUUACCAAAUGAAUAAUUAUAACGUAACGCUACAAGAAUUUGUUAAGAAACCUUUACAAAAAGCCAAGAAAGAGACGGACGACUUGGAUUUUAGCGUUGAAAGGAUAUUAAACGAAUUAAGCCAGGUUUUGUUUCACCCAGAAAUGGACAGUAAUGGAGUCAUGCUGUUGAACCUUGGACUACAUUAUGUGGAAAACACAAAUUUUACAAACUACCAGAGACUUAUAACUGGAGUAAUAGAUGUAUUGAAAAACGGGAAGACGAUGGAAGUGAAUGGUAAAACGGAGAGGAGGAGGUUUGAAGGAAUGCUGAUCUGGAAAACAACCACGGCGAUCAACAGGCAAAAAUACACUCAUAACCAUCUCGACUCCAGGCGAUUCCUGACCUGCCAGCGCGUGCAAGCAUUCAAUGCCUUUGCCAUGGAUGCAAUGUGCUCUGCUGGGGUGCAUGUCCUUGAUGUAUAUCCGCUGACCGAUUCAUUCCCAGAAGGCACCGGGCGUUCAGAUUCGCCAAACGACCCGGUACAUUACAGACCUUCCGUGUUCAGCUCAGGAGAAGAUCUACUAGAACAAUACUUCUCUUGAGGACGUGAACAUGAUAGCUACCAAGCUGUAGAAUAUACAAAACUUAGAGCAGUUUUUGUUGAGAAAGAGGGCACUGUAUGAUUGUAAAAACCAUAUCAAACAUAUUCCCAACG